AUGGACCUUGUCGUUGGUGUUCGAGUUCGGCGGCCAUUGUUGAUCUUCGAAUUUGGUGUCGAAGGGUAUUGUGGUUAUCAAAGUGUGGAGGAUUCGUAUCUUGUUAAAUGGAACAAGAUGUCCUACUUCCGUGUCACCUGGUUGACUGGAGACUGGGUCUGGUCCAAGGCUCCCGCCAGCCAGAUGAAGGCGUUCCUCAAAUCAGACAGAUCCACCAAACCGAUCAUGACAACAGUCGAAGCUGUCCCCGAAGGAAAGCGCUGA